CUUUGAUUCACUUCUAAAAGAGGUAAAAUGAUUUAUGUCAGAAACGUAUAGUAGGCUUUAUCAUGGUAUAUCUGGAGCUAGCUGUAUGUAUGUUGCUAGCUGGGGAGAGUGUAGGUCAGCUGUCUCAGCUGUCACAGCUCCUUGGAUUUGGUUCGUACAAUAAUCAGCUGAGUAGUCCACGAAGAUCUAGAUAUCAGCAGUACUAUCAGGAUACAUAUAUCAGAAUUCCUCCUUAUAACAGUAUUUUUAGUUCAGUAAAUUCUGUAGAAACAACAACAACAACAACAACAACAACAACCACACCACCUCCUCCUGAAUACACUGCAGUGGAGAAGUGGAGUAAAAAAUGUGGAAGACGAUAUUCUAAUUACAAACCCCAACACAAGGCUCGACGCGGACGUAUAAUCUGGGAGGAUGAGGAGAGUGCCGGAGCUAAACCUGCUCCAGACGGUACUUUUCCUUGGUUAGCCUCCCUUUUCCUUAGACGAUCGACUGGCGAAGCUUAUUUUAUGUGCGCAGCUGCAAUAGUUUCUGAUAGAGUUUUGGUCUCAGCUGCACACUGUUUUAGUGAUAAAUUUAAGGACGAGGACUGGUUUGUCAGGGUUGGAGAUAAUUAUAUAGCUGAGGGGGACCCUAGUGAACAAACAUUCCAGGUGGAGAGAAUUAUAAAACAUGAAAGUUUUAUCCCACUCAGUGAACCUGGCGGAGAUGGCAGGAAUGAUAUUGCCCUCCUGGUUAUCAGACCGAGGAAACAGUUGAGAAAAAUUAAUUUUGACAAAUAUGUGACUCCUGCCUGUAUACCCCCACCAUACACACCUAUAGACAGAUGGGCGAAUUCUCACUGUGAAAUAGUUGGUUGGGGAAUGCAGGAAUACAAUAAUACAGAUAGUUACCCAGACUCAGUCAGAGCAGCACAAAUCACAGUUGGUAAAGUGGAUGGUAGUGACUGUAACUACCUAUAUGGUCGAGAUGUUGAUAGAACGGGUAAAUUCUGCGCUGGACAGGGAGUAGAUGCAUGUCAGGAGGAUAGUGGGGGACCCCUAAUGUGUGAAUAUGAAGGCAGAUAUCAACUUGUUGGUAUUGUUAGCAGUGGGAAGGGAUGUGGCAGCUACCCUGGAUUAUAUACAGAAGUCACAAAGUACACAAACUGGAUAGUCAGCUGGACUUUAGUUCUUGAUCAGCUGUAUCAAUAGCAACUGUUUAUACAGUACAACUGUACAGAGAGAUCAAUGUGAACAUAUAUUCAACAAACACUGACACUGUACAACAAAAACAAUAUGGGUGAUUGACUUUAUAAUAAAAACAAAGUGAUUAUAGUUAUUUUUCGACUAGAUGAAAAACAUCAACAAUUUAUAAAUAAAAGUGAAAUAAUUUAAAAAAAAUAAAAUUUUGGAAUAGAA